AUGAGCGAUAAUGACAAAUUUUGUUGGCUAAGCAAAGUUUAUAUUAUUACAGCCAAAACAAAGAGUGUUCUGCUAUUAUCCACGCGUCGUCGAUUUUUCCAAAUCAUAGAGACCAAAUAUUUUGAACCUAUUUUCAUUGUUAAUUUGACAGGCUAUGGAGAUCUGCAAAGUUACGGUAAUCCAAAUCAAGAGUGGAACGAAAUAGAUGAGAUGAUUCGAGAAGGUACCAGGUUUACCCAAGCUUAUUCUGCUGACAGUAUGUGCUCACCAAGUAGGGCAGGCUUUAUGACUGGUCGCCUUCCUAUCAGAUUGGGCAUAACUGGAGGUGCGCGUGUAUUUUUAGCAAAGGACGCUGGUGGUCUACCAAAACAUGAAGAAACUAUCGCAGAGAUGCUUUUGAAAUAUGGCUAUUCAACGGGAAUGGUUGGAAAGUGGCACCUUGGUAUAAAUGAGGUGAAUCAAACUGAUGGAUCAUAUUUGCCUUCCAAGCGUGGUUUUCAAUAUGUAGGGAUCAAUUUACCAUGGACGAAUGUAUGGGAAUGUGACGUUAGCAAGAAAUUUGUUGAGAGUCCAAAUGCGACGCUAUGUUUCCUUUAUGAUGGUGACAAAAUCAUUCAACAACCGAUUAAAUUCGAGCAUCUAACUGAAGCACUUGUCAAUGAUUGGAAAAGAUUUUUAGAUAAGCAGAUGAAAACAGAUAUUGAAAAACCAUUUUUCUUCUACUUUUCCUUCCCACAUGUCCACAGCUCCCAAUUUGCUAAUGAACAUUUCAUUAAUUCAUCUAUUCGAGGAUUAUUCGGCGAUAACAUUAAUGAGAUGGCUUGGGCAGUAGGACAAGUUUUACAAAGCCUAAGAAAUUAUGGAAUUGAACGCGACACAUUAGUGAUUUUCAUGUCUGACCAUGGUCCACAUCAGGAAUUAUGUCUCAACGGUGGAAGUACUGCUGGUUUAAAAGGUGGAAAAUCAAAUAGCUAUGAGGGCGGGUUUCGAAUUCCAUUUGCAGCUUGGAUGCCAGGCACUGUGAAGGCUGGAUUAGUGUCUAGAGAAGUUAUUUCAUCGCUCGAUCUUUUCCCUACAUUUGAAUCACUUGCCUCCCUUGGGAAAGUAAAAAGACGAACUCCUGGCCUUUACGAUGGUAUCGAUGUACAUGAGGAAUUGUUUGGUAGAUCAAAUUUUUUAGUAGGAUUUCGGAAUUCAAAUUUUUCUCUCGCUCAUAGGCGCCCUAUUUUUUAUUACUGCAAUACACAUCUAAUGGCUAUAAGAUUUGGUGACUACAAAGUCCAUUUCAAAACAUCACCAAUAUUUAGAAAUGGUUCUAAUAGUGAUCGGAUCGAAGAGCUUUGUCCUGGUGGAAAACCUAUUGAUGACUGGUACGUUUCACUAACUUGUCCUGAAGAACAUUUGACCACACAUAAUCCACCUUUGGUUUAUGAUUUGAAUGAAGACGUUUAUGAAAUGUACCCAUUGCAUAAUGCACAUCAGCAAGUACAGGAAAUUCGAAUGAAUGCAAUUCGUCUAAAGAAAGAGCAUGAAAAAACUAUCAUAAAAGUCAGAGAACAACUAGGAAAUUAUAAGCUAAGUGUUUUGCCAUGUUGCAAUCCACCACGUUGCGAAUGUGAUUUGUUAACAAAUGCCAGAAUGGGAAUAAAAGCAUCACUCGGUCCAAAAAGGUUUAUUUCUCCUAUCGACAUAAUCGAAAUGCAUUUUGGAAAAACUGACGCAAUCGAUGAAGUGGGAUCUGGUGAAAUGGAAAAUGUCGAAAAUUAUCAUUCUCAUGCCAAUUCGAAAUCUUUGUAUGAAAGGCUAAUAUCAAAUUACAAUGACAAAGGAAGAAUCGAAAGCUUAAAAAAAUGUGAUAUAAUUGGUAUAGGUAGUACUUCUUAG